UGCAAGCAUUUAUCACACACAAACUUUUCCUCAACGUUGCAUUUACUAAAUCGCACCAAUGGUGGCGCUGUUUGAAAACUUCAAGCGCCACCCACAAAAUCUGUGGAAAAACACGUCCCAUCUUUCCACAGUUCAACGGCAAAUCGGAUUUUAAAACAAUAUUAUAUCGACGACUUUAAAAAUCGCGCGGAUUUCUUACUUCUAAGAGGACGUUAAACACGAGCGGAAAUGUUCUGCAGAAACAAGACUUCCAGAGCAACGGUCGCCCGCGGAUCCGCGUUGGAGAUGGAGGUGAAGAGAGGCCAGUUCCGGCUGAGUGUGCUCGAGGACUCCGCACAGGACUGUGAGGUCCAGAAAUUAAUCGAGAGAGAGGUGCGGAUCAGAGACGGGGCCUGUAAGCUGUUAGCUGCGUGCUCUCAGAGAGAUCAGGCCCUGGAGGCCUCCAAGACCCUCCUCACCUCUAACACCCGCAUACUGGCCCUCAUGAGCCGGCUGCAGCGCAUGAAAGAAGUGCAGGCCAUGCAGCGAGCAGGACGGAGGUCAUUUGAUGGUGGGGCUAUUGAUGACAGAUUACCUUGUACUGCAAAAGUUGCCAUUUCAGAUAUCCGUAUUCCUCUUAUGUGGAAGGAUUCCGAGUAUUUUAAGAACAAAGGGGAGCUGCACCAGUGUGCCGUGUUCUGUUUGUUGCGGGCAGGGACAGAGAUUCAUAAUACAGAUCUUGUAAUAGUGGACAGGACACUCACAGACGUCUGUUUCGAUGAAACAUUGAUAUUCUCUGAUGUUCCUCCAGACUUUGACCUGCGGGUGGAGCUCUAUAGCUGCUGUGCAGAGGAGGAUUUCAGUCAGGGCUUCUCCACCCGGAGGCUCAGCCGCCUGGGCAAUUCUGUGACGCGGGCAUCCAGUAAGAAGUUCAUGGCAACUCUGGAGACGGCAACUUCCUGUGGUUCCCACGGCAACGGGAUAGGAUCCGGGGGAGGGUCUCCAGUACUGCCGCCCAUCCAGUCUGUACAGGGCCCUAAAUAUCACCUACUGGCUCACACGUCUCUAAAUCUGUGCCACAUACAGAACUCUUUCCGAACCCAUGACCUGACCAUAUCAGGCACAGAGGACACCUCAUUCUGGUUGCCGCUGUAUGGUAGCAUGUGUUGUCGACUUGUGGCUCAACCGCUCUGCAUGACUCAAGAUGUCUUAUGUGGAAACCUCAGAGUUCGGUCAGAGGCCAGUCCUGAGGAGUGGUCAGACGUCUAUGGUGUCCUGAAAGGGACAGAAUUAAUUUGUUACAAGCAGCAAAGCGAUACAGAAUCUUUAGAGAAAGCAAUGUUCACUAUUCCCAUUAAUAAGGACACCCGUGUACGUGCCACAGAUAAGGAUCUGUCUCUAAAUUCCAAAAGCAUCACCAUAAGCAACCAAUCUGGUUACGAGAGCACGUACACGAUUCUUACGCGUGCGCCACAGGACACACAGUGCUGGAUGGAAGCAUUCUGGCAGCAUUUCUAUGACAUGAGCGAGUGGAAACAGUGCUGUGAGGAGCUCAUGAAGAUCGAUGAAUCAUUUCUAAGAAAACCAGGGGCCGUGAUGCUAAAACAAGGCUCUUUGUAUCAUGAAAUGGUUACGCCUUCAACCACCCAGACCAGAAACCAUCAGCAACAUCUGACCAGACCUGUUUCUUCUGAGAUCAAGAACAUGCUGUCCACCUAUUUUAAUGACAGUGGCGUGUGGGUUUCUGAUUGUGUGGGUGUAUGUGCUCGUCUAUAGACUUCCCAGAAAUCAGGUGUUGGUCUGCGUUUGUCUUUGUGGGUGUGUCCGAGCUUUGUUACACCAGGAAGUGAUGGAAUUUCUUGAUCUACUGGAGGUGAUGAUCUGUACCGAGCGUUGUCAUGUUAAAUCAUCAUAUUGUGUAGUGGUGCAUUGAAUCUUAGGUUUAAGUACUGAAUGUAAUAGUUUGCUUGUCAUGUUACAAUCAUUUAUUCUCUUUUUAUUCUUCUUCCUCCUUUCCUUAAACAUCACUAUUAAGGGAUAGUCGACUAAAAUAAUUAAAGUAAAUUCUGUCAUUAAUUAUUUUCCCCGUUUUUUGCAUGAAACACAGAAGUUUUGAGAAUUUGUACUUAAUGUGGAUGGUAAUUAGCCAUAAAGAACAAGUAAAGUGAUAGUUCACCCAAUAAGGAAACUUCUUUCAUCAUUUAUUCACCCUCAUAUCAUUACAAACCUUUCUCACUUUCUUUCUUCUGCAGAAUACAAAAAAAUAUAUUUUGACAAUAUUUUGAAGAUAUUUUGAAGCUUGUCGGUAAGCAAAAAACAUUGAUUCCAAUUGACUUUAAUUGUAUGGGCACCAUUCAAACCAUACAAAACCAUUUCUCAAUAAAUCUUCCACUGAAGAAAGAGUCAUACAGGUUUUAAACAACAAGCGGGUGAAUGAAUGAUGACACCAUUUUUUUUUUAUGGGUAAACAAUCCCUUUAAUGGACACUUAAAGCAUCAAUAAAAAUCCAUACUGCGAUUUUGCAACACUGUAAAAGAUUUUAAGCCCACACAACAACAAAAAAGUCUUUGUACCCUUUUCCCCUAACUUUUUCUUGAUUUCCUUAGUUGUUUAUCUCAACUUAAUUUUCUUAGUAAUUACAAAAAAGAAAAAUCAGUUAAACCAACUUGAAAUAACUGGACAAAUACUCGACAACUAUGGAUUAAAGACCACCAAAGCCAAAACUUGAACUUUUCUUAUACUAUUUGUAUUACAUUAUUAACAUUGUUGGGAGUAAUGCGUUACAAAUGUAAUGUAUUACAGUAAGAUAUUAUGUUUUGCUGUAACGCAGUAGUGUAAGGCAUUACUAAUCAAUAUUCAGUAAUAUUUUACUUGGUACAUGUGUAUUAACACUUGCGUUACAACAAACUUUUCGCCCGCGAGACAUUAACAACUCUAAAAUCCCCCAAGUAAAUUAUAUUUCCUGUUCGUGAAUCUCCCUCUAUCUGGCAUGAUUUCAGUCUCUGGCCCGUUCUCAAAAGUUUUGGGAACGAGUCUGACAGGCAGGCUACAGUUCAGGGAGGGACGCGGAGCUCAGCUCAACCUAAGAGAAAUAUAUAGCGGUGGUAUUAGACAAUACAUCCGAAUGAUGUUUUUACCAAUGUUUCAUCAGGUGCAUGUCAACUUGCACAGUGAAAGAAAUCACUCGUGACGUGAGUGUACAACAGUUGUUUUCUCCGGUUGCCAAAUAUCACUUUUGAGCAGCGCUGUAUGCAGUCUAGAACCGCUAAAUCAUUGACGUGCUUGUACACAUUAUAAAUAUGCAAUCAAUUUAAUCAUGCUUAUUUCUUAAGCAAGUUUUUGCAUGUCUUGCCAACAGAAAACACGUUUCUCGUCUAUUUCCGUGCGUGGCCUCGAGCACACAUGGGAUCUUUUUAAAGGGACGCUCAACCCAAAAAUGAAUGUUCCGUUAUGGAUGACUCGCCCUCUAGUUUUCCAAACCUGUUUAAAUGUCUUUGUUCGGUUGAACACAAAUAUAUUUGGUAGAAUCUUAGAAACUAAAAAUCAGAAGAGAUCAUAAUGGUAGUUAAAGGUGACCCAGAGGUUUUUGAUUUCCUAAAUCCCCCAAAACAUCUCUUGAGUUCAACAGAACAAAAAAUAUAUACCAUACCUAGAAAACCAUUCAGAUAAGCAAAUACAGCAAUAGAAAUUUAUUUUGGCUGUUCUUAAAUUUGAUUUGACACCAGAAAAUAAUUGGGCUGGUUUUCAUUCCCUUUGGGCGGGUCUUGAGAGGUCAUUGUUAGCACAAUGUUAGCAUACCUGUGACCAGCAGCAAUGACAAGGUCGGCUAACGUUUACAUGAUGACUAGCUAGAAUUCUUUGAAUUUUCAAACUAAAAUACUUUUUGCCAAACAACCUCCUUAGUUUUUCAAAUACAUCCAUUUGAAAUACAAAAUACUAUUAAUUUGUAACCGUAUUUUGUAUGUAAAUGCAUUCAAUCUUAGAUUUUUUUGUUUGUUUUUUGUACAGCCUAGUUAAUUUAAUCUAAUAAAGACGUAGACUUUUUUAAGUUCUUCUGUAUUUAUUUUGCUGAAAGUAACUCAAAAGUAAUACAGGAGUCAUGUAACGUACUACAAUUCUGAGACAAUAAUAUUGUAAAAUAAUGGUUAAUAUUGUAAUAUUUACAUUUACAGCAUUUUCAACAACAACUGCGUGAAUAAAGUUAGCAAACAUUAAAACAGUAAUCCUUUUUAAAAGUUUGAUUCAAAACUGAACUAAAUAUGCCACAAUUCAUGCUGGGAACCUUUCUGUUUGUUGAGCUUACAUAACUUUACCAGUUUUGGACAAAAAGUUGACUAUGUAAAUCCAGUCAACAAAAUAAUAUUUGUUAGCAACACGCUAUGGAAGAGUAGUCUAAAUGACCACGAGAGGGGAAUCAAACCCGGGGCAGUUGCGCAUCGGGCGACCCGGGUUCAAUUCCCGUCUCGUGGUCCUUUCUUGAUCCCACACCCUUCUCCCUCUCUCCCUUUUCACUUCCUGUCAUCCCUCUUGCAAGCUGUACAACUAAAAGCAAAACAGCAAAAAUGUUUCUUUAAAAAAUAUAUAUAGAUUUGUUCAAGUAACGUAAUUAUCUUUGUUCAGUAAAUCAGUCACAAUUCAGUAUUAGGGGCGAUUCUCACUAUUAAUUAACCAUUAACUAAAACUUUUCCCCAAUAAACUCUUAAUUUGUUGCUUGUUAGUAGUUAGUAAGGUAGUUGUUAGGUUUAGGUAUUGUGUAGGAUUAAGGGAUGUAGAAAAAGAAAUGCAGAAUAAGUCAUGAAUAUGUGAUUUAUACAUACUAAUAUACAACCAAUAAGAAGGUUAAUAAGCAAGUGUUUUAUGAUGAAUUUGUGUACUUAAUAUAAAGUGUAACGUAACUUUCAUUAUAGAGAAAAGAUUUGACAUUUUGUUUUGAAAAUUGCCUUUUGUUUGUCACGGAAGAAAUGAAAUCACACAGUUUACAUCCAAAAACCAUGUGGGUUUCAGAUAUGCAAGAACGUGUGACCAUAUGCAAAUCUAGUAGUUUUAAAAUGUUUCCUUGUGAAUCCCAUUCAAAUUCCAAUGUGUCAACGGCACAGAUUAUGAAAACCUGUGGAACCAUGUUUUAUAAUAUAAUAUUAUAUGUUUUAUAACCAUGUUUUUGAUGGAUACAUAGGUUUUAAAAUCACAGUAUUUUUACAAAUUUAAACAUUUGUUGUAACAUGUUACUGUAUGUAAAUGACAGAAUUAUUAUUUGUGUGUUAUUUCAGCCAAUAAAUUAUUUUCAGUACUAUCUAUCUAAAAUAAUAGUAUAAAAUAUUUAAGUGAAAAUAGAAGAGAUUAAAUGUAUUCGUUUAGUAGUCGAACAGAGAUUAUUCAGAGAUCAUAGUCACUCUUAACCUUUGAUUGUGCCAUCACGCAAGACUAAACAUUUUCACUCCCCAGUGACAUCAAACAAGAAUGUUUAAUUUGAUUUGAUUGGUUUGUUUAUCUUCAUCUCUUCCUUAU